AGCGUAGGUGACUUUGGUUCCGACUACGAAUGGACGCUUUGCUCAAGAAAAUAAAGUGAUCUGUGGGACUUUCAGUUUCGAUUCCGAUAAAACCGUCUUGACAUGAUGUCGCUAUAUGAGGAUAUUGUGAAGUUCGUCGCGAAUAACCUUAAAUGCUCUAUAUGUAUGGAGAUUUUCACAAAGCCGGUUACACUAGUAUGUGGGCAUAACUAUUGUCAGAAGUGCAUUAAUGCAUGUUGGGCAAAGAGCAGCGCAAGAAGAGAUUGCCCACAUUGCCGUGCAGAUGUGAGCAGUAGUAAACUAGAGAUGAAUUUCACUCUGUGUGACAUACUGGAAUUACCGGACCUUGGUGGUCGCGAGAAAUGGGAGCAAAUUCUGGCAGAAGCAGAUCAAACGCAACACGCAACGAGAACUGUUACAAAAGUGGAUAGUUUAACGAAACGUCUGGAUUGGUUAAAAGCUGAGAUCAAAAAGACGGAAGCAACACUUUCAGCUGAACUAAAUUCAAAUCAGCCUUGUGAGGAUGGCAUUUAUAAUUCCUCAAUUGUUCCGAUGGAUGUUUCCAGUUCGUCUUUAGACAGUGAUGCUUCAAGUUGCUAUGCUGGCAGAAGUUUGAGUCAGACAUCAUGGGAUUUACCUUCUCAGGUUUGGGAACCAAAAAUUCUGAGAAAUAUAUUUACAAAUAUAUUCAUUACUCAUGGAAAGGAGCUGAUUAUUAAAAAACAUGAUCUUUCUCAGGAGAGUUCACAGGAGUUUGUAGAGGAGGCUUCAGAGAAUUCAGAAUCUCUGUUUGAGGAUGCUCACCUCACUCCCAGUGCUGGAGCACAGCAGCGCAACAGAGACAGUGCUGAGGCUGGUCUUCAUGCAGAGUUCGUUGAGCUUACUUUUUCUCCCCAGCUGGGAAACAGGCGGCUGGUUUUUCACACGGAGAGCCGCAGAGUAGAAACACACCCGGGGCACCAAGCAAGAACCUCACCCGGGCGUUUUGAUGCCUGUCAGUGGAUGGCGGAGCAGGAAUUCAGUGGACAGUGGGUUUACUGGGACGUGGACACCACAUUCAGCACUGGAUGGGCUGUUGGUGUGGCAUAUCCCAGUCUGAAGCGUAAUGAGAGGUUGGGAAGAACACCUUCAUCUUGGUGUUUGGAGUGGAGCAGUGGGCAACUGAAUGCUUGGCACAAUAAUUUAAAAACCUCUGUUAAGCAUAGUAUCCAUAAUGGGAUCAGAGUCAUUCUGGACAUGCCAAAAAGACAGUUGUCCUUUCAGAGUCUGUGCAAUAGUCAGCUUGAAUUACACAGUUUCCAGGUGGAUUCUUCUGGCCCUUUCAUACCUGUCUUCUGGCUUUAUGGACUGUCACACAAUGCCUUAACCUUUCCUAGACAUUGAGUUCAGCAUAACAUAGAUCUGUAGCAUUUACACUUUCUAUUUUUUACACUCCAUUUUGUUUACAGAAUAUGUAUUCUAUUACUAUUACUAUAUAAUGGAAUC